AAAAGGGUAUGCCCAGGGCUCAGCUGCCUGAGGGUGCAGUGCAGUUGACAUGGAUACUCUCUUUCCUCUGGAAAGCAUUAGGCUUAGGCAAUAUAAGAGGUGAUUGGACCACAUAAUCCAAAGAGGGAGCAGCUGUUCACACACAAGAAGGGCAAGGUUGCAGCCAGCCCUCGGCCUCAAUGGGAACCACUAUCGCUGAAUGCUGACCCUGACUCCUGAGCUCCAGCACCAUGCUCUGGAUGAUGCAUUUCAACAUAAUUGUUUUGUGUAGCCUGGUGAUCCUGGCCUUCUUAUGCUCCUACUUUUUCAGGGAACCAUCCUCAAUGCCUCCCAGAAAGAGGAACAGUGGGAAGGGUCAAGCUGAAGUGAGGGGCUGGCUCAGGAUCAGAAAUAAAAAGAUCACUUUGAAAGCUUGCCAAAGUCUCUUGAAAAAACUGGAGAACGCUAGGAACCACACUCUCCUACUGGAAAAGCGCCUGAGGAAGCUCCCUGGGGACGGCAGCUUCCAUUGCCUUCUAAACCAAGACCGCCUGAUGGAGUCAUUCAAACAAGGUCCACCACGUGGCGUUCACCAGCCACAUGGGAGGCAUGGGAAAGCUUCUCCCACCAGCUUGUCUCCACAGGCUCCCCUGGCUCCUCUGGCCUCCAUGCUAUCGCCAGACCCGAAGACCUCCGCAGAGUCCUUUGAGUCCCUGUCAUCCCUGAGCACCUUCCAGCCACUGGAUCCUUUGUGUCCCCUGAAGCACCCUUCACACCCGACACAUGCAGGCACCCUAUUACCAAACCCGACCACCUCCAUAGAAUCCCUGGGGUCUCUGUCAUCCCCGAGCUCCUCCCAGCCACCAGAGCCUUUGCAUCCCCUGAAGCAUCCUUCACACAAGCCACAUGGGCGUUCCCCUCCCCGACAUCGGAACCCUGGCUGGGUGUCCUGGUCCGACUCCACCCAGGCUGAUUCUCAAACUGACGCCACAACAUGCCCAAUGUGCAAUGCCCCUGAGCGCUCCUCUCUACACAGCUGGUGGGUGCCUUUGCCUUCCAGCCCUCGCGUGAUCCGAGGCGUUGGUUGCUGCAGUGAUCCUGACCUGGACCUCUCCUGGAGCCAGGAGGCUGCUAGAGCCUAGUGCCUCUGCACCUCCUCACAGUGUCCAUUCCAGUGCCCUAAUCUUCCCACCUGCCUACCAAAGGCUUCCUUCGAGGGAGACCCCACAUGCAGGCAGGGGAAGGCAGAGGUCCCACAUUCCUCAGCCUGGACGUGCCAAAGCUGCUGGACACACGAGACACCAAAAUCCCAGACACCACCCUGAACACCGCACAUCCAACAUCCACCAACAAUUGGGACUCUCCCGAGGACAACUUGGAGGCACGUCCCCUCCCUGGUUUGGACACCCCACUGAUACUGGAAGCUCAUGUUCUAAUGGAUUGGGAGAGGACCCUGUGGAGACACUGGCUGCAUCUAGGCCAAGAGCGGGCCCAUCCUGGUGCACAUGAUAAAGUGUUCAGGGCAGUUUAUUAAAGUUAAA